AUGUGCUGCGAUAGGAAAAGCAAAGAUGAUUUUGGUCUUAAAGAUGUUUCAGUAUGCACAAACAUCAGUAUCAGAUAUCCACCGUCGGAGCUUUCGAUGUCCGUAAACAAAAUACAUGAAUAUAGUAACAAUAUGUCUGUCUGUUUCUUAAAUAUGUCUUGUGAAAUGGAUGUAUCAAAUCCGCCUUGCAUAAUUGAAUGGUCAAGCGACAACGAUAAUUUGAGAUAUGUUUAUAGGAACGAUUGGACUAAUGGACAAAAUGGGAGUUCCCGUUUUAUUUCCAACGUGCGUUACAAUGUUACUGCAGACAUGCCUGGGGGAACUAUUACAUGCUCAACAAGAUGCGGUCAUUUCCCUUCUGUUUCAGACAAAAGCUAUACCGUGUCGUUUUCUGAUGUUCCGAUUCUGUAUUUGAACAUAACGUCUCCUGUUGCUUUACAUCCAAAUAUUACAGUGGUCGUUAAAUGUUUCGUGGUUGACCUGAAUAAUUCAGAGCAAUGGACUCUUUGGUGGGAAGAUGCAAAUAAAACUGUAAUACAGAAUUGUAUCAAAGUAGAGCAAUGCCUGUUAACAUUGAAUUAUACAGGUGAUGGUGAUAAGAGGUACAUUUGCAACACUCGGAAAUCAAAUGAGCUUCUGAGAAAUUCCUUGACAGUUUCAAGCUCAAGGACAGAUGAAGCAACAACCAACCCUGCAAAAUUUGUAACCCAACAGUGGCAUUUGGUGCUUUACGCGGUAGCUGGAAUACUUCUAGUUUUACUUGUAACCACAUUUUCCGUGCUUCUCUUUCGUCGGUGCAAACCUCGUUGUAAUUGUUUAGAUUGAAAAGUGUUAACUUUUGAAAUCGGUACAAAAUAUUCUGUGGUUAUUGUUCACAAUCAAA